CCUCCGCCCGUUGGCCUCCGCCUCCUUCACUGCCGCCCGCUCCCCGACACACACCCAAAACCCCACCUCUCCCCUGCGCUCCGCCUCUCUGGCCCUCCACUGACCCCUCCCCCGCCGCCUCCCAUUCCGGCGGGGACACGACGCCCUCGCGGAUACCAGAGCCGCGAAGCCCUAGCCCACCGCUGUUCUUCCCCGGCGCGGCGGCGCCAUGCAGCGGGUGCUCGUGAGCUCGCUCGUGGCCGCCACGCCGCGGUGGCUCCCCCUCGCCGACUCCAUCCUCCGGCGCCGCCGCCCGCGCUGCUCCCCUCUCCCCAUGCUGCUAUUCGACCGGAGGACUUUGUCCAAACCUAGGAAGGUCUCACGAGGCAUUUCAAUGGCGUCUAGGAAAGCUACCAAACAGGGAGAAUAUUGUGAUGAAGGCAUGCUGUCACAUAUCUUGUGGUGGAAAGAGAAAAUGGAGAGGUGCAGAAAACCGUCAUCCAUACAAUUGACUCAGAGGCUUGUGUAUUCAAAUAUAUUAGGGUUGGAUACAGCUUUAAGAAAUGGAAGUUUGAAAGAUGGAACACUAAACAUGGAAAUUUUGCAAUUUAAAUCGAAGUUUCCUCGUGAGGUUCUACUUUGCAGAGUUGGAGAUUUCUAUGAAGCUAUUGGUUUUGAUGCCUGCAUUCUCGUAGAGCAUGCAGGCUUAAAUCCUUUUGGAGGCUUGCGUUCUGACAGUAUUCCAAAAGCUGGGUGUCCAGUCGUGAAUUUACGGCAGACAUUGGAUGAUUUGACUCGAUGUGGUUAUUCUGUGUGCAUAGUUGAGGAAAUCCAAGGCCCAGCUCAAGCCCGUACCCGGAAAGGUCGAUUUAUUUCUGGGCAUGCACAUCCUGGUAGUCCUUAUGUGUUUGGUCUUGCAGAAGUAGACCAUGAUGUAGAGUUCCCUGAUCCCAUGCCUGUAGUUGGGAUUUCACACUCUGCAAAAGGCUAUUGCUUGAUAUCAGUUCUGGAGACAAUGAAAACUUAUUCAGCUGAGGAGGGCUUAACAGAGGAGGCUGUGGUUACUAAGCUUCGCAUAUGUCGUUAUCACCAUCUAUACCUUCACAGUUCUUUGAGGAAUGAUUCUUCAGGGACAUCACGCUGGGGGGAAUUCGGUGAAGGAGGGCUCUUGUGGGGAGAGUGCAGGGGGAAGUCCUUUGAGUGGUUUGACGGUUCACCCAUUGAAGAACUUUUAUGUAAGGUACGGGAAAUAUAUGGGCUUGACGAGAAAACAGUUUUUCGCAAUGUCACCGUCUCAUUGGAAGGCAGGCCUCAACCUCUUUAUCUUGGAACUGCUACUCAAAUUGGAGUCAUACCAACUGAGGGAAUACCGAGUUUGCUAAAAAUGGUGCUCCCUUCAAAUUGUGGCGGGCUCCCAUCAAUGUAUAUUAGAGAUCUUCUUCUUAAUCCUCCAUCAUUUGAUGUCGCAGCAGCGGUUCAAGAGGCUUGCAGGCUUAUGGGCAGCAUAACUUGCUCCAUUCCUGAAUUUACUUGCAUAUCAGCAGCAAAGCUUGUGAAGCUACUUGAGUCCAAAGAGGUCAAUCACAUUGAAUUUUGUAGAAUUAAAAAUGUCCUUGAUGAGAUCAUGCUCAUGAGCCGAAAUGCUGAGCUUUCUGCUAUCCUGAACAAACUGCUGGUACCUGCUUCUGUGGCUACUGGUUUGAAAGUUGAAGCUGAUAUGCUAAUGAACGAAUGUAGCUUGAUUUCACAACGAAUUGCUGAAGUGAUUUCUUUAGGUGUUGAAAAUGAUCAGGCAAUAACCUCAUUCGAACAUAUUCCAAAGGAGUUCUUUAAUGACAUGGAGUCAUCUUGGAAGGGGCGUGUGAAAAGGAUCCAUGCUGAAGAAGAGUUUGCAAAUGUUGAUAGAGCCGCUGAGGCAUUAUCGACAGCGGUCAUUGAAGAUUUUAUGCCAAUUAUUUCAAGAGUGAAAUCUGUAAUGUCCUCAAAUGGAAGUCCUAAAGGAGAAAUCUGUUAUGCAAAAGAUCAUGAAGCUGUUUGGUUUAAAGGAAAGCGAUUCACACCAAAUGUAUGGGCUAACACCCCUGGCGAGCAACAAAUAAAACAACUGAAACCUGCAAUUGAUUCAAAAGGCAGAAAGGUUGGGGAGGAAUGGUUUACAACGGUCAAAGUUGAGAAUGCUUUAAACAGGUACCAUGAAACUUGUGAUAGUGCUAAAAAUAAAGUUCUUGAAUUGUUGAGAGGGCUUUCAAGUGAAUUGCAGGACAAGAUUAACAUACUUGUCUUUUGCUCAACGGUGCUCAUCGUAGCAAAAGCACUGUUUGGUCAUGUUAGUGAGGCCCGAAGAAGAGGUUGGAUGAUUCCUACUAUAUCUCCCUUAUCAAAGGACUGUAUUGUGGAGGAAAGUUCAAGUGAAAUGGAGUUAGUAGGGCUCUUUCCUUACUGGCUUGAUGUUAAUCAAGGGAAUGCAAUACUGAAUGAUGUCCACAUGCACUCUUUAUUUGUUCUGACUGGUCCAAAUGGUGGUGGUAAAUCUAGUAUGCUGCGAUCAGUCUGUGCAGCUGCAUUGCUUGGAAUCUGUGGCCUGAUGGUGCCUUCAUCUUCAGCUGUAAUCCCACAUUUUGAUUCCAUUAUGCUGCAUAUGAAAGCCUAUGAUAGCCCAGCUGAUGGGAAAAGUUCAUUCCAGAUUGAAAUGUCAGAGAUACGCGCUUUAGUCAGCCGAGCUACUGCUAGGAGUCUCGUUCUGAUUGAUGAAAUAUGUAGGGGUACAGAAACUGCAAAAGGAACGUGUAUAGCUGGUAGCAUCAUUGAAAGACUCGAUACCGUUGGUUGUCUAGGGAUCAUAUCAACUCAUCUACAUGGCAUUUUUAACCUGCCUCUCUCACUCAGCAAUACUGAAUUUAAAGCUAUGGGAACUGAAGUGAUUGAUGGGUGCGUUAAUCCAACAUGGAGAUUAAUGGAUGGUAUCUGUAGAGAAAGCCUUGCUUUUCAAACGGCAAGGGGGGAAGGCAUGCCUGACUUGAUAAUUAGAAGGGCUGAGGAGCUAUAUUUGACUAUGACUGCAAAUAACAAGCAGGCAACAUCAAUGGUGCACAAUGAACCUUCUAAUGUCAGCUCCAGUGUAAAUGGCUUGGUUGAGAAACCUGAUUCUCUGAGAAACAGACAAGAAAUUCUUCCUGGUGCGUUUGAGCCACGGCGGAGGGAAGUUGAGAGCGCUGUUACUAUGAUAUGCAAGAAGAAACUGGUGGAUCUCUACAACAAACGUAGCAUCAUAGAAUUGGUUGAUGUGGUCUGUGUUGCUGUUGGCGCUAGAGAGCAACCACCACCGUCAACUGUAGGCAGGUCUAGCAUCUAUGUAAUUAUCAGAAGUGACAGCAAGCUUUAUGUUGGGCAGACAGACGAUCUUGUGGGGCGUCUUCAUGCUCACAGAUUGAAGGAAGGUAUGCAGGAUGCCACGAUACUGUACAUUGUGGUUCCUGGCAAGAGCGUUGCCUGCCAGCUGGAGACUCUUCUCAUAAACCAGCUUCCUUUGAAAGGCUUCAAGCUCAUCAACAAGGCAGAUGGAAAGCACAGGAACUUUGGUAUGUCUCGCAUCUCCGAAGAGGCAAUUGCGAGCCACUAAAGUUUAUCAGCUGCAGCUCUAGUUUAGCUAGUCGACGUGAGUGAGAGCCUGGUUUUGCAUUCUCGUCCCUUUUGGCUGCUCGAUAGGAGGCAGGAGCUAACUGACACCAUGCCGCCCCCAAUUUUGCUGAACUCAUAGUGGUGUUAGCCUUGUGCAUAGUAGGGGCUUCUUACCUUGUUUUUAGGAUUGGCAAUUCAAAUGAUUAGCAAUGCAAUUGUACUACCGCCGUGCAA